ACGAAGAUGGCGGCGGCGGUGACGGCGUUGCCCGUGCGGCCGAGGACGGUCAGCCACUGAACUCGGAGACUGGUUCCACUCCGGGAGUGGGGUGCGCCGGCCCGCCCUGCUUCCUGAGCGGCGGAGCUUAGGGUCCCACCUCCCUCUCAACCGACCUCCCUUUCCUACCCCGACCCUCCCUCUGUCUUCCCCCAGCCUUCUCCGCAGAGGCCAUGGAGGACGAGGAGAGACAGAAGAAGCUGGAGUUUGGCAAAGCGAAGCUUGCCCAGUUUCGACAAAGGAAAGCUCAGUGUGAUGGGCAGAAUCCCUCUAAGAAGAAAAAAAAGAAGAAUACCUCAAGCAGUAAACAUGAUGUGUCAGCAUACCAUUCUUUGAAUAUUGAGCAAUCACACAGUGAUGAUAUGUGCAUGAAUAGUUCUCAGGGAGUAGGAUCAGUUGUGACUCCUGAAUCCACAAUAAUGAGAACUCUACACAGUGGAGAAAUAAUCAAACAUGACCAGGUCUUCUCUGCUGAACCGGAAAGUGAAAUUUCAACCACAGCCGAUGAUUAUAGUUCAGAGGUAAAUGGUUGCAGUUUUGUGGUGAAAACAGGAAAGCCUACAAAUUUAUUAAGGGAAGAAGAAUUUGGUGUUGAUGAUUCUUAUUCUGAACAUGGAGCACACUACAGUCAAACCCACCUAGAGAUGUUGGAAAAUGAAUUGGUUGGGAAACAGCAUGAAAUUGAAGAGCUAAACAGAGAGCUGGAAGAAUUAAGGGCCACCUGUGGGACUGAAGGACUGCAGCAAUUACAAGAAUUUGAAGCUGCAAUUAAACAAAGAGAUGGCAUCAUAACCCAGCUUACUGCGAAUUUACAACAAGCAAGAAGAGAGAAGGAUGAGACAAUGAGAGAAUUUUUAGAGUUGACAGAACAAAGUCAAAAUUUGCAGAUUCAAUUUCAGCAUUUACAGGCUAGUGAAACUCUGAGGAACAGCACUCAUAGUAGCACAGCUGCAGAUUUACUACAAGCCAAACAACAGAUUCUCACUCAUCAGCAACAGCUGGAAGCUCAGGACCAUCUAUUAGAAGAUUAUCAGAAAAAGAAAGAAGACUUCAAAAACCAAAUCAGUUUUUUGCAGGAGAAAAUUAAAUCAUAUGAAAUGGAACAAAAUAGACGAGUAGAAAGCUCAAAUAAAGAAAUACAAGAAAAGGAGGCAAUCAUCAAAGAAUUAAAUGCAAAAAUAAUUGAAGAAGAAAAAAAAACUCUUGAGCUAAAGGAUAAAGUCACAGCUGCUGACAAAUUACUGGAAGAAUUACAAGAACAGAUUGUACAAAAGAACCAAGAGAUAAAAAACAUAAAUUUAGAGCUGACUAAUUCCAAGCAAAAAGAAAGACAGUGUUCUGAGGAAAUAAAACAAUUAAUGGGGACAGUUGAAGAACUUCAGAAGAAAAACCAUAAAGAUAGCCAGUUUGAAACUGAUGUCCUGCAAAGAAUGGAACAAGAAACACAAAGAAAGUUAGAACAACUCCGGGCAGAGCUGGAUGAGAUGUAUGGGCAGCAGAUAGUGCAGAUGAAACAAGAGCUAAUAAAACAGCACAUGUUACAGAUGGAUGAACUUAAAACACAACAUAGGGGAGAAAUGGAUAAUGCUUUAAGAUCAUAUCCAAAUAUUACAGUUAAUGAAGAUCAAGUAAAGUUAAUGAAUAUGGCAAUAAAUGAACUGAAUAUAAAAUUGCAAGAUACUAACUCCCAAAAGGAAAAACUCAAGGAAGAACUUGAAAUAAUUUCAGGAGAAAAGUCUGCUCUACAAAGACAGCUUGAAGACCUUUUUGAAGAAUUGAGCUUUUCAAGGGACCAGAUUCAGAGAGCUAGACAGAUGAUAGCUGAGCAAGAAAGUAAACUCAAUGAAGCACAUAAGUCCCUUAGUACAGUGGAGGAUUUGAAAGCUGAGAUAGUAUCUGCAUCUGAGUCCAGGAAGGAACUAGAAUUAAAACAUGAAGCAGAAGUUACAAAUUAUAAGAUAAAACUUGAAAUGUUAGAAAGAGAAAAGAAUGCUGUGUUAGACAGAAUGGCCGAAUCACAAGAAGCUGAAUUAGAGAGACUGAGAACACAGCUUCUGUUUAGUCAUGAAGAAGAACUUUCCAAACUAAAGGAAGAUUUAGAAAUUGAACAUCGAAUAAAUAUUGAAAAACUUAAAGAUAACUUAGGCAUUCACUAUAAACAGCAGAUAGAUGGCUUACAGAAUGAAAUGAGUCAAAAGCUAGAAACCAUGCAGUUUGAGAAAGACAAUUUGAUAACAAGGCAGAAUCAGUUAAUUUUGGAAAUUUCAAAGCUAAAAGAUUUACAGCAGUCCCUUGUGAAUUCAAGAUCAGAAGAAAUGACACUUCAAAUCAAUGAGCUUCAAAAAGAAAUUGAAAUACUCAGACAGGAAGAAAAGGAAAAGGGUACACUUGAACAAGAAGUUCAAGAAUUACAACUUAAAACUGAAUUAUUGGAAAAACAAAUGAAGGAAAAAGAGGAUAACCUUCAAGAAAAAUUUGUACAACUUGAAGCAGAGAAUAGUAUUCUUAAAGAUGAAAAAAAAGCCCUUGAAGGCAUGUUGAAAAUAUGUACCCCUGCUAACCAAGAAGAAAAAUUACUUUUCAUGGACUCCAUUAAAUCAAAAUCCAAAGAUGGUAGCUGGCAAAAAGAAAUAGAAAUGCUUACAGAGGAAAAUGAGGACCUCAAAAAACAAUGUAUUCAACUAACUGAAGAGCUUGAGAAGCAAAGGAACACUUUUUCAUUUGCUGAAAGAAAUUUUGAAGUUAACUAUCAAGAGUUACAAGAGGAUUAUGCUUGCCUUCUCAAGGCAAAAAACGAUUUAGAAGACAGUAAAAAUAAACAAGAGGUGGAGUAUGAAAGCAAGCUUAAAGCACUUAGUGAAGAGCUUCAUCAUUUGCAAAAAAUAAACCCAACUACAGCAAAAAUGAAAAGUUCUGUCUUUGAUGGUGACAAAACUUUUAUAGCAGAACCAUUGGAAAUUGGUGAGGUUGUUGAGAAAGAUACAACAGAACUUAUGGAAAAACUUGAGGUAACCAAGCGGGAAAAAUUAGAACUGUCAGAAAGACUGUCUGAUCUUUCUGAACAACUAAAACAGAAACAUGGGGAAGUUCAUUUUCUAAGUGAAGAAGUUAAAUCUUUAAAGCAAGAGAAAGAGCAAGUUUUAUUGAGAUGUAAAGAGCUGGAAAUCAUCCUUAACCAAAAUAGGACAGAAAAUAUGAGGGGAUGUGAUGUUCAGUUAAGUUCUUUAAAAGACGGAGUUGUGACUGUGACAAGCAGCGAUUCCGAAGGAUCAGUUUCAGCAAUAAAUAAAGAUUUUGGUGAAUCGAAAAUAAUGGAGGAUGAGAAAAUACCUUUUGAAAAUAUGAGUAUUAAAAAAGAAAGCAAGCAAGAACAAUUGUUUUUGGAUCACUUGCCAUCAGUGACAAAUGAAUUAUCACUUACGAUAACUGAACCCAGUGAAAAUGAUAAACUCCAGCAGGAACUUAGUGUGCUCAAAUCAGAGCAGAAUGAUUUAAGGCUACAGAUGGAAGCUCAACGUAUAUGCCUCUCUCUGGUUUAUUCAACUCAUGUGGAUCAGGUUUGUGAAUACAUGGAAAAUGAAAAAGAUAAAGCUCUUUGCAAUCUUAAAGAGGAACUUAUAUCUGCUCAAGAGGAAAAGAUCAAGGAACUUCAGAAAAUACACCAGUUAGAGCUACAGAAUAUAAAAACACAAGGAACAGACGAUGAAACGAAGCCUUUGCAAGUGCUCAUUGGAGAACUUCACAAGGCAGUAUCUGAAGAAUGUUCUUACCUUACACAGACUUUUUGCAGUGUCCGUGGUGAACAUACUCCUGCUUUAAAAUGCAAAUUAAAUGUAGAAGAGAGAGUGAGUUCUGGUGUUCAUACUUCUGAAAAUCAAGAAUUAGAAUGGCAAGAAUGUAGAUACAAAGUUCAAGACUUUCAAGAAAAUAUGCAAACUCUUCUCAACAAAGUAACAGAAGAAUACAACAAACUUUUGGUACUUCAGACACCAUUAAGUAAGGUUCAAGGGCAGCAGAUAGAUCAUGAGAAAUUUGAAUGUGCAGAGGAAAACCUACCAAAGGAGGAAGCAGAAUUUUUAUCAACCCAGUCUCAGAUGACUAAUUUGCAAGACAUUGAUGUCUGUCAUAAAAGCAAGUUAUCUACUCUGCAAGAUACUGAAAAAAUUAAACAACUUGAAGGACAAGUCCAAGAAUUAGAAAACCUAAUAACCUCCUUGCAGCAACAAUUGGAAGAAACUGAAGAAAACUAUGGGGCAGAGAUCCACUGUUUGCAGAAAAGGCUUCAAGCCAUUAGUGAAUCCACAGUUCAACCAAGGUUCUCCACUGAUUCAGGGGUAACUACUGAAUCUGAUGUACGGAAAACCAUACACUAUGGAAAUUGUGUAAAACAGAACAUCGAUAGUACAAUAGAGUCUUCUGGUGGUGAAUUUGGAGUGGAACAGGAAACAAAUAUGGUUAAGUUGCUGGAAAAACAGUACCAAGAACAAUUAGAAGAAGAAGUAGCUAAAGUCAUUGUGUCAAUGAGUGUAUCAUUUGCUCAACAAACUGAACUAUCUAGACUAUCUGGAGAAAAAGAAGAUACUAUAUCAUCAAAACAAGCACAUGCUCUCUGUCUACCAGAACAACAACAUUUAAAUGAAAGGAACUUACCCCAGGGUCCUGUUGGUUUUCAGACUUUCGAGACUACAGACAUGAAAUUUAAAGAAGAAUUUAAACCACUUAGUAAGGAGUUAGGAGAAGAUGGGAAGGAAGUCCUUUUACCAAACAGUGAUAAUCUUGAUAUACUCGAAUCAAAGGACCAUGAACUGACUAUUUCAGAAGAACUGUUCUCCAAAGAUAAAACAUUUGGAGCCAGAGAAUCUAUCCAUGAUGAGAUUUUGGUGUCAAGCAUGGAUGCUUCUAGGCAGUUAAUGUUAAAUGAAGAACAACUGGAAGAUAUGAGGCAGGAACUUGUACGCCAGUACCAAGAACAUCAGCAGGCAACAGAACUGUUAAGGCAGGCACACAUGCGCCAGAUGGAGAGACAACGAGAAGACCAGGAACAGCUACAAGAAGAGAUUACGAGACUGAAUAGACAAUUAGCCCAGAGAUCCUCAAUAGAUAAUGAAAACCUGGUUUCAGAGAGAGAGAGGGUGCUUUUAGAGGAGCUGGAAGCACUAAAGCAGCUGUCUCUAGCUGGAAGAGAGAAGCUGUGUUGUGAGCUGCACAACAGCAGUACGCAAACACAGGAUGAAGAUGAAAACCAAGAGGACGCUGAGGAACAGAUCUUUAAAGAAAAGGAAUUGGACAGAAAACUUGAAGAUGUGCCUCCUGAUGUUCUGUCUAAUGAAAGGUAUGCACUCCAGAAAGCUAAUAACAGACUUCUGAAGAUCCUCUUAGAAGUUGUAAAGACAACAGCAGCUGUCGAAGAAACAAUUGGUCGCCAUGUCCUUGGUAUUCUAGAUAGAUCAAGUAAAGGCCAGUCAUCUGCCUGCUUGAUUUGGAGGUCAGAAGCAGAGGCACCUAUAAAGUCGUGUGUCCAUGAGGAACACACAGGAGUUACAGGUGAAUCUAUACCAUCUUACUCUGGAAGUGAUAUGCCAAGAAAUGACAGUAGCAUGUGGUCAGAAGUAACUGAGGAAGGAACAGAGCUGUCACAACGGCUCAUGAGGAGUGGUUUUGCUGGAAUUGAAAUAGAUCCUGAAAAUGAAGAAUUCAUGCUGAAUAUUAGCUCUCGACUACAAGCAGCAGUUGAAAAACUCCUAGAAGCCAUAAGUGAAACUAGUAGUCAGCUCGAACACGCAAAAGUUACACAGACAGAGUUGAUGCGUGAGUCAUUUAGACAGAAACAAGAAGCGACGGAGUCCUUUAAGUGCCAAGAGGAGCUGCGAGAGCGCCUUGUGGAGGAGUCCAGGGCCAGAGAACAGCUGGCUGUGGAGCUCAGUAAGGCUGAGGGUGUCAUUGAUGGCUAUGCAGAUGAAAAAACUUUUUUUGAAAGGCAGAUUCAGGAAAAAGCUGAUAUAAUAGAUCGCCUUGAGCAGGAGUUGUUAUGUGCAAGUAAUAGAUUACAAGAAUUAGAGGCAGAGCAACAGCAGAUCCAAGAAGAGAGAGAAUUACUGUCCAGGCAGCAGGAGGCUAUGAAAGCAGAGGCGGGCCCUGUGGAACAGCGACUAGUAGAUGCUGCAGUCGAUGCAGCACCUGGAUCAGAAUUACUACAGGAGACAGAAAAACUAAUGAAGGAAAAACUAGAAGUACAGUGUCAAGCUGAAAAAGUACGUGAUGACCUUCAAAAACAAGUGAAAGCUUUAGAAAUAGAUGUUGAGGAACAAGUCAGUAGGUUUAUAGAGCUGGAACAAGAAAAAAAUGCUGAACUAAUGGAUUUAAGACAGCAAAACCAAGCACUGGAAAAGCAGUUAGAAAAAAUGAGAAAAUUUUUAGAUGAGCAAGCCAUUGACAGAGAACAUGAGAGAGAUGUAUUCCAACAGGAAAUACAGAAACUGGAACAGCAGCUUAAGGUUGUACCUCGAUUCCAGCCUGUCAACGAGCAUCAAACAAGAGAGGUUGAACUGUUAACAAAUCACCUGAAAGAAAAGACAGACAAGUGCAGUGAGCUUUUGCUCUCUAAAGAGCAGCUUCAGCGGGAUAUACAAGAACGGAAUGAAGAAAUUGAGAAACUGGAAUGCAGAGUAAGAGAACUGGAGCAAGCCUUACUCAUCAGUACGGACACUUUUCAGAAGGUAGAGGACCGAAAACAAUUUGGAGCUGUAGAAGCUAAAGCAGAAUUGUCCUUAGAAGUACAGUUGCAGGCUGAAAGAGAUGCCAUAGACAGAAAGGAAAAAGAGAUCACAAACUUAGAAGAACAGUUAGAGCAGUUUAGAGAAGAACUGGAAAAUAAGAAUGAAGAAGUUCAGCAACUACAUAUGCAAUUAGAAAUACAGAAAAAGGAAUCAACUACCCGCCUACAAGAACUUGAACAAGAAAACAAAUUAUUUAAGGAUGAAAUGGAGAAACUGGGAUUUGCCAUAAAGGAAUCUGAUGCUAUCUCUACUCAGGACCAACAUGUGUUGUUCAGCAGAUUUGCUCAAAUAAUGCAGGAAAAAGAGGUAGAAAUUCACCAGUUGAAUGAACAAAUUACAAAACUUCAGCAUCAACUUAAAAUGACAACAGAUAACAAGGUUAUUGAAGAAAAAAAUGAGCUGAUAAGGGAUCUUGAAACCCAAAUAGAAUGUUUGAUGAGUGAUCAAGAACGUGUGAAGAAAAACAGAGAGGAAGAAAUUGAGCAGCUUAAUGAAGUGAUUGAAAAACUUCAACAGGAAUUGGCAAAUAUUGAACAAAAAACAUCAGUGCAUGCUAAUUCUGUCCCAGAAGAAGCAGAUAGUUUAAAACAUCAGCUGGAUAUGGUAAUAGCUGAAAAACUGGCUUUGGAACAGCAAGUAGAAACCACUAAUGAAGAAAUGGCCUUUACUAAAAAUGUACUUAAAGAAACCAAUUUAAAAAUGAACCAGUUAACACAAGAACUAUGCAGCUUAAAGAGAGAAUGGGAAAAUAGGGAAAAAAUCCAAAGUAUACCACUGAAAAGUGAUAAUGUGGCUGUAGAUGAUCUGAGCAGAAAGAAACCUGAACUAGAAGAAGUCCUUACUGGGGGUGCUCUUCAGCCCCUGGAAAAUCAGUCUUCCCUCAGAUCUGUGGAAGAGAACAGUAGAGUUUCCAUAAACAGUUUGGAAACAAAGGUGCUACAGCUUGAGAGUACUGUGAGUGCAAAGAACUUAGAACUUACCCAGUGUUAUAAACAAAUAAAGGACAUGCGAGAACAAGUCCAGGCUGAAACAGAAAUGCUUAAAAAGAAGAUUGUAGACCUUCAGACUGUACUCGAGGAAAAUGUUGCUGCUGCUGUUGUGAGUCAGGUCCAACUUGACGCAGUUAAGGAAUAUGUGAAACUCUGUCAAAGUGAACAGGAGAGUUCAUCAGAGCCCAAAAGAGCAAAUAUACAGAAUUUAAAUCAACUGACAGAAAAUGAAAUGAAGUCAGAUGUAUCAGCAUUAACCUUGAGAAUAUCAGAAUUAGAAAGCCAGGUGGUUGAAAUGCAGACCAGUUUGAUUUUAGAAAAAGAACAGGUAGAAAUCGCAGAGAAAAAUGCUGUGGAAAAAGAGAAAAAGCUACGAGAACUACAGAAGCUAUUGGAGGACAGUGAGAAAGAACAGGGAGGCAAAGAAAGGAAAAGAAGCCCUCAUGGAGAUUUUGAAGUUCCCAAGGCAACUACUGAGCUAAUUCAUACCAGUGAAGAAAGUGGAUUUUUUGUUCAGCUUGAGGCUCUCAGAGCUGAGUCAGCAGCUACUAAAGAAGAACUUGCCAGUUACAAAGAAAAGGCAGAAAAACUUCAAGAAGAGCUUUUGGUGAAAGAAACAAAUAUGGCAUUUCUCCAGAAAGAUUUAAGUGAAGUUAGGAAUCAACUCACAGAGGCAAAAGAGAAAUUAUCCUACUUCUUAGAAGAAGAAAAGAUUGAGGUACAAGAAAACAGAAAGCUAUUCAUAUUAGAGCCGUUUCCUAUUAAAGAGGGUAAAAGUGCCGGAUCCCAGACAGACAGGACUCUCAAGGUCAAUAGCAGCAAUCAGACUCCACAAAUCCAUGUCAGAAAUGCAGGAAUCCAAAUUGAUUUACAGAGCGAAUGUCCAUCAGAAGAAGUUACUGAAAUAAUCAAUCAGUUUACUGAAAAAAUUGAGCAAAUGCAAGAGCUGCAUGCUGCUGAAAUUUUGGAUAUGGAAUCCAGACAUAUUUCAGAAACUGAAACCUUAAAGAGGGAGCACUAUGUUGCUGUCCAGUUACUGUCAGAGGAAUGUCGUACCUUGAAGGCAGUGAUACAGUGCCUGAAGUCUAAAGAGGGAGCCUCAAUUCCUGAAUUAACACAUUCUGAGGCUUACCAAACUAGAGAAAUAUGUUCUAGUGAUUCUGGAUCAGACUGGGGUCAGGGAAUUUACCUUACACAAAGUCAGGGAUUUGACUCAGCAUCAGAAGGCCGAGGAGAAGAAGGUGAAAGUUCAACAGAUUCAUUCCCAAAGAAAAUAAAGGGAUUACUGAGAGCUGUCCAUAAUGAAGGCAUGCAGGUGCUCUCUCUCACCGAGUCUCCCUAUAGUGAUGGAGAGGACCAUUCUGUUGAGCAAGUUUCAGAAUCUUGGCAAGAAGAGAGAAAAGCUUAUCUCAGUACAAUCUCUUCUCUUAAGGAUUUAAUUACCAAGAUGCAGGUGCAAAGAGAAGCUGAGGUUUAUGACAGUUCUCAGUCUCAUGAGAACUUCUCAGACUGGCGAGGUGAACUUCUGCUUGCCCUUCAGCAAGUUUUCUUAAAGGAGCGCAGUGUUUUACUGGCUGCAUUUCAGACUGAACUGACAGCUCUAGGCACUAGAGAUGCAGCUGGAUUAUUAAACUGUUUGGAACAAAGAAUACAAGAACAGAGUAUUGAAUAUCGAGCAGCUAUGGAAUGCCUUCAGAAAGCAGAUAGAAGGAGCUUGUUAUCUGAAAUUCAAGCACUGCGUGCUCAGAUGAGUGGCAGAAAAAUGACUCUGAAAAGAGAACAAGAGAGCGAUCAAGCAAGCCAAGAUAAGCUGAUUGCUCCAUCUCAAAAGCAGCGAUUCUUGAAAUUGGGAAGAGGCGGUGGUUGUGCAGGAGAGGGAGCUGUUGUUCGGCCACUGCAAAGAAAACAUGCUGUGUGUGGCAGACUGCCUGAACUCCUGGAAUAUAACAUACAGCAGAAGCAGUCUCAGAUGCUGGAGAUGCAAGUGGAGCUCAGCAGUGUGAAAGACAGAGCAGCGGAACUGCAAGAACAACUGAGCUCUGAGAAAAUGGUGGCUGCCGAACUGAAGAGUGAGCUUGCACAGACUAAGCUGGAACUCGAAACAACACUUAAGGCACAGCAUAAGCACCUGAAGGAAUUAGAGGCAUUUAGGUUGGAAGUUAAAGAUAAAACAGAUGAAGUACAUUUGCUUAAUGACACAUUAGCAAGUGAACAGAAAAAAUCCAGAGAGCUCCAGUGGGCUUUGGAAAAAGAGAAAGCCAAACUGGGACGCGAUGAAGAACGAGAUAAAGAAGAACUUGAGGAUCUGAAAUUUUCACUGGAGGGUCAGAAACAAAGGAGUAUUCAGCUAAAUCAACUUUUGCAACAACAGAAGCAACUACUAAAUGAAUCACAGCGGGAAAUAGAAUCACAAAGAGUGCUAUAUGAUGCCCAGCUAGCAGAAGAACGAGGUCGAAACUUGGAGCUUCAAGUGCUGCUUGAAUCCGAGAGAGGUCGGAUUCGGGAAAUGAGUAGCACCCUGGACAGGGAGCGGGAAGUGCACGCGCAGCUGCAGCGGAGCAGCGACGACGCCGGGCAGCCUCGGCCCUCCUUGCCCUCUGAGGACCUCCUCAAAGAGCUGCAGAAACAGCUGGAGGAGAAACACAGCCGCAUAGUAGAAUUAUUAAAUGAGACUGAGAAAUAUAAACUGGAUUCUUUGCAGACAAGACAGCAAAUGGAAAAGGAUCGGCAGGUUCACAGGAAGACGUUGCAGACAGAACAAGAGGCCAACACAGAGGGACAGAAGAAAAUGCGGGAGCUCCAGUCCAAAGUGGAAGAUCUUCAGCGCCAGCUGGAAGAAAAGAGGCAACAAGUUUAUAAAUUGGACCUUGAAGGAAAGCGACUGCAAGGAAUUAUGCAGGAAUUCCAGAAGCAAGAACUAGAACGAGAAGAAAAACGAGAAAGUAGAAUUCUGUAUCAGAAUCUUAAUGAGCCAACCACAUGGAGUUUAACCAGUGAUCGAACUAGAAAUUGGGUUCUUCAACAGAAAAUAGAAGGAGAGACAAAGGAAUCAAGCUAUCCUAAACUGAUUGAAAUGAAUGGAGGAGGAACUGGCUAUAAUCACGAAUUAGAAAUGAUCAAACAAAAGCUUCAACAUAUGGCUUCAAAACUACAGCGCCUCGCCCAGAAAGCCUCCAACAGACUGCAGUUUGAAACAGCAGAUGAUGAAGAUUUCAUUUGGGUUCAUGAAAAUAUUGAUGAAGUUAUUUUACAACUACAAAAAUUAACUGGCCAGCCAGGCAAAGAGCCUACCUUAGUGUCCCCAAGUACCUCUUGUGGCUCAAUGACUGAAAGACUACUGAGACAAAAUGCUGAACUAACAGGACAUAUCAGCCAACUGACUGAAGAAAAGAAUGAUUUGAGAAACCUGGUUAUGAAGCUAGAAGAGCAGAUCAGGUGGUAUCGACAGACAGGAGUUGGCAGAGAUUACUCUUCCAGGUUUUCAUUCAGUGGUGGCGCCAACAUUGAAGCCAUCAUUGCUUCUGAAAAGGAAGUCUGGAACAGAGAAAAGUUGACUCUUCAAAAAUCCUUGAAGAGGGCAGAAGCUGAAGUGUACAAACUGAAAGCUGAACUAAGAAAUGAAGUUUCACUUCAGACUCUGAGCCCGGACCCUGAGCACGCCACUGUAAAGAGAAUUUAUGGUAAAUACCUGAGGGCAGAGAGUUUUCGGAAAGCUCUCAUUUACCAGAAGAAGUACCUGCUGCUGUUGCUGGGUGGCUUCCAGGAAUGUGAAGAGGCCACCCUGACUCUGCUCGCCCGCAUGGGGGGGCAGCCGGCCUUCACGGACCUGGAGGUGAUCACCAACCGCCCAAAGGGCUUCACCAGGUUUCGGUCAGCUGUCAGAGUGUCCAUGGCGAUCUCUAGAAUGAAAUUUUUGGUUCGACGGUGGCAUCGUGUCACAAGUUCUGGUUCCAUCAACAUUAACAGGGAUGGCUUUGGACUGAGUCCAGGUGCUGAAAAGACUGACCUGUUUUACCAUUCUGCUGCUGGCCUGGAGCUGUAUGGAGAACCCAGGCACACCGCCUACCGCUCAAGAUCCGAUCUGGACUACCCUCGGUCUCCUUUACCGUUUCAGAACAGGUACCCAGGCCCUCCAGCUGACUUAAAUCCUGCUUCCUUAGCAUGUUCUCAGCUUCAGAACUAUGACCCUGACAGGGCCCUGACGGAUUACAUCACCCGGCUGGAGGCGCUGCAGAGACGGCUUGGCACCGUGCAGUCAGGUUCAACUCAUUUUCAUGCUGGCAUGAGAAGAUAAUCCUUUGAAAUCAAAGUGAUUUUAAACAAAUUCCCUUUUGUAAACCAAUGGUUCUUUUGUGCUUUUGUAUCGUGGACAUUCAAUGGGACCAACAUGAACACAGCUUACGAUUGUACACAGAUCCCUUGCCAGCACAUGAAAACAAACUGGAGUUUGUACAUAGAAGCAUUGUGUAUGUAUUCAUGCACAACAGCCCUUAAGUUACAUGUGUAUUUGUGGAAUGCUAAUUUAAAUGGUUAAAUUAUAAACCUGGUGUAUUUAUCAAAUGGGUGAAAAGAUUAAACUUUUGCGCAUUAUGACACUGCUGAAUGUGUGGCUUGAGGUGUCCUGCACUUUUCUUACGAGGCUACUGAAGUUACCUGUUUCUGCCUAAUAUAUUUGCUACUGGUGAUGAUGACAGAUAUCACUUGUAGAGACCUAUUUUUGUAUAAUGGUAGAAGUUUUGACUUUUAUGGGGUAUUUUGUCAAGUACUGAAAUAAAAAUGACUUCACCAUUUUAACCACA